ACCACAAAUCCCGAUAUGCUUUGUGAUCCAAAACCGCUCUUCUCCGUCUUCCCUUCCCCCCGCCCCUUGGCUGUGUAGAAACUCGAGAGGCGCUUUUCUUGGCCAGCAGUCCGGCGUACCUUUAGGCUAAGCCGUCUGUCUCCAGGACUGUUGCUCCGUUAUUCUCCACCCCGAAACCGAAGUGCGUAUAGGCUAAGGACAUGGACAACGCGGGCAAGGAACGGGAGGCAGUCCAGCUGAUGGCAGAGGCCGAGAAGCGUGUGAAAUCCUCCCACUCAUUCUUGAGAGGAUUGUUUGGGUGAGCGCCAGCCCUGCGGGGUAGCUCCUUCCUCCUCCCCCCGCCCACCCACUGCGCUCCUGCCGGGUCUCUGGUUCUCCCCCUUCCCCCGCGGCCUUGGAGUGGGCCUGGGUGCCCCGCAUCGGGGGUAAUACGCACCCCCUCCUCCACCUCCCCAUGGGACGGAGCUGACGACUGGGCUGUUGGGAUGGGGAGGCUUCCUUCCUCCCACAGCUCCUCGACCUCUCUCUGGGAGGAAGCUGCAGGCCCCGUGGGAAGCUCGCAGAUUCCUCGAGAGGAUUCCGUGGGCCUUCAGGUGACUGUCACCUCGGUAGGGUAUUAAAGGACAAAUAACCGGUCCACGCCUCGGUCCGCCUGUCCACCCAUCUAUCCUCCCAGCCAAUAGCGUAUCUAACAUUUACUAUUUAGGGAGCGACUACAAGGUGCCCUAGCCACCACGGUACUGAAGGAUCACCGCCCCCAGCCCCCCAAACACACCGAUGCAUGCAAGCAACAGAUUGUCAUUCCCCACCUGCCAUAUGCUAACUGCUGAACACCUAUGCCUGAGCUUGUUUCUUGGUUGGUUGGAAGCUCCGGGGUGGGUGUUAAUUCGAGUACCAUUUUUAUAUUUGUUUUGAAUUAUAGAAAUGUGUAAAAAAAAAACACUUGGGAACUCAGAUUAAAAACGAGUUAACUUGUCUUCUGAUGUCUGAGGAGAAUGGUAGGAAUUUUUUUUUUAAAUUGCACUCACUAUUAAAUAAUGUAAUCCAGUAUGACUGUGAUGCAGAGAUUUAGCUAUUGUGUUAAUCCUUUGGCUCAGGCUUGUGGCCAUAUUACCACUAGAGAUUUAUGCAGGAGGAAUGGAUUUAUCUGAUUCCGCCAGUAGCAAUUGGGCCUUGUAAGAUUUUAGUCAUUUGCUUAUUGCCUUUUGCUACAGUUACUUCAUAACACAGCCUUUCUUAGGGACUCAGUAUUUGAUAAAUAAAUACAUUGCUUAAGUAUGUUUCAUUUUUUCACCAAAGAUCUAUUUUACAGCCAAAAGUAGCUUAUUUCUUUAAUAAAGUAAGUCUUUAAGACCAGUAUCAGACACUCAGCUAGUCUCAUAAUAUCUUUUUAUUAGCUUCUGGUGAAAUAUUUAAUUUGGCACAUUUUAUAAAGAAGAGCUAGAAUAGCAGUAUUUGAUGGUUUUUUAAUUCACUACUUUUGAAUUUGUGAAUGAUUCAGCUGUUUUAAGAUUUUUUUUUAAAAAGGUAAACUUUCCUUACUCCUUUUGAAACUGAAAACUCAUCUCCUUUAAUCAAGAAGGUAAGAUUUUAGGGUCUCUUAAGUAUAGCAAAUCCUUUUCAAAAUUCUGCUCCCUCUUAAGGUAUAAUUUAUAGCACUCUAUUGUUAAUUUGCUUUCUGUAGUUUUAGUCUGGAAUCUCAGUAAAGAAAAAUGCAUGUAACAGGUUCCUUUUUUUUUGUUGGACCAACUUUUUUUUUUUUAAAUUAGGUCAUUUUACAUUAACAUAUUCAUUGAAUUUCAGAGAUUAAAAGGGACCUGGGAGUAGACCUUUGGAAGAAAUCAAAGUGACUAAGACACUACUCUUGCCUCUGGUAGAGAUUACUUUUUUGGAGGGAAUUUAUCAUUUACUAUAAUUUUCCUCCCUCCUUAGUUAAUGUUAAAUAUUCUUCAUUACUUUUGAUACAGAGCUGAAAUUGUAAUGACUAUCAUGGGUUUUCUUUUAAAUAUCAUUACUAUUUAGCAAGCACUAAUAAGCAUAUCUGAAAAAGCAACAUAGGGGGGCAGCUGGGUAGCCCAGUGGAUUGAGAGCCAGGCCUAGAGAUGGGAGGUCCUAGGUUCAAAUCUGGCCUCAGACACUUCCCAGCUGUGUGACCCUGGGCAAGUCACUUGACCCCCAUUGCCUAGCCCUUACCACUCUUCUGCCUUGAAACUAAUACACAGUAUUGAUUCUAAGAUGGAAGGUAAGGGUUUAACAAAAAAAAAGAAAAGAAAAGGCAACAUAGAACAGUAGAAGCAGCAUUAGGGUAGAGCUAGAAGAACUUUAAGGCAAUUUUCACAUCUAUGAUGUGAAGAUAAUACUUUUACUGCUUACCAAGUUGGCCUUUUGAGGUUUAAAUGAUAUAAUAUAUAAUUGUAUACAAAUGUACAUUUGCAUAUAUUUGUGUAUAUAAAUGUACACAUAUUUCAUAACUAUAGAGUACCUCAUAAUCUAUAAUUAUUCUUUUAAGAUUUUUCAUUAGCUCAUUUUUCAGACGCUGAGAUUUAAUUUUAUUUAAUUUAGUCAAAUGUAUUCAAAAGAACUGCUAAGAUCAUUUUCAAUUUCAUACAUAUAUCACCUAUGUAGGAAGAUAAAUUUAUACCUCUGCUAAAGAAUCCUUUUUUAGGAAAUAAUUCAGUGUUAUCAAUAUAUUUUUAAAAUAUUUUUUCUUUACACACAUUUUUUAAAAAAGAACUAGGCUAACUCUUGAUUAAUAUAUAAAACAUAAUCCUAAAAAGACUUUUGGAGAUUAUUUUUCUUUCUAAAUAUAUAUUUUUUGUUUUUUUUUCCUACAUUUUUCAAUAUAUGUCUCCCAAAAUACAGAUUCUUUUUGUUUUAAGGAAAGAAUAGGUUAUUUUUUCCUUUGAUCAUAUUCUUUUGACUCAACUUAAUUCACAUCUUUAUUUUAUUUAUUUUUAAAACCCUUACUUUCCAUCUUAGAUUCAGUACUGUGUAUUGGUUCCAAGGCAGAUAAUAGUGGUAAGGACUAGGCAGUGGGAGGGGUAAGUGACUUGCCCAGGAUCACAAAGACAAGGAAGUAUAUGAGGUCAGAUUUUAACCCAGGACCUCCUAUCUCUCAGCCUGGCUUUCAAUCCAUCCAAGCCACCUAGGUGUCCCCAAUUCACAACUUUAGAAGACCAUAAACUUCACAGGAUGGGGGUGGGGGGAAAGCUAUGCAUUUUCCUAAAGUUCUUUCUGUCAGUAAAUAAGAUCAUAUAUCUGAGUUGGAAGAAAUCUCAAGAGUUCUUAGAUCUCAUUCCUCUAAGUAGGUAAAUUAGCUAUUUUACAGAUGAGGAAGUGAAGUCUAGAGAGGAAAAGUGACUUUUUUAAGGUCAUCCAAUUAAAUGAACUUCAUACAGUAUUUUUUAAUUAAAUUAAACCACUAAUUACCUUUAAAUAUAUAUAAUAUAGUGUUGGGGAGUGGGGUGUAGAGCUAGGUGGGACUAUGGAUUGAGAACCAGGCCCACAAAUGAAAUGUCCUGUGUACAGAUCUGACCUCAGAUACUUCCUAGUUGUGUGACCCUAGGCAAGACAUUUAAUCCCCAUUGCCUGACCCUUAUCAAUUUUCUCCCUUGGAAUCAAUAAAUAGUAUUGAAUGUAAGACAGAAAGUAAGGACUUAAAAAAAUAUGUCAUUUAUUUUUACUUCAAGAUGACAUAAACGUGUAAACAUGAGACAAGAUUCAGAAGCCCAAAAGAUUGAAGACUGAAGCAGUGGAUUAAUUCUAAUAACUUGAAAUUACAUAGGAAUGUUACAUGUUCAGUUGAUUAUUUUUAAACCAAGUAGAGAUUUGGGGAAAUGUAAGUUGACAUCAUUUCAUGCAAAAAAAUACUUUGGGUAUUUUUAUUGACUUUAUUAUAACCUCGGUAUAAUCACUUGGAUUCUAAAAAGACCUAAUGUAAUUAUAGCCAGCAUUGAUAGAUGUAUACUGCCCAUAACAAGGAAAUCAUCUCAUUAUAUUUUCCAGAAAGACCAUUUCUGAAGUACUGUGUUUAAUUCUGAGAUUUACAUUUUGAUAUUAACAAGCUGGGAUGAGAACCAGAACAUAAUCACUUGUCUAAUGGAGGGGCUCAUUUGUCAUAAGGAAUGAUUUUGAGUACUUUUCCUUGCAUGUAAUAAGUAGUUGCUAAAAUGUUUUAUUUCAGUUGUUGAUUUGAUUGAAUGAUUGGAGAAACAGGGAAUGUUUGAUUUGAAAAAGAGCAGGGUAGAAUGAGGGAAGAAGAGCUUGAUAGCUGGCUUAUCUAAAGAGCUACCCUGUAGAAACAAUCAUUUUGUGUAGAUCCAAAAGGCAGAAGUAGAUUUAGCAACAGCACAUUACAAGGAGGCAGGUUUUGAUUCAUUAUAAUAAAAGAAUUUAAUAAUUAUUAGAGCUAUCCAAAAAUGUAAUGUGCUAUGCCAUAUAUUUAGUAUGUGAUAGUAGGGAUUUUUUUCUGUGGAAUGGAAAGCUGGAUUAGAUUAUCUAUUUAGACUCUUCUAGAAAGCACCAAUCCCCUCAUUUCUUAUUGCCAUCACCAUAGUACGUGGAGACCCUCACACUAAUAUUGUAAUAGCUACCUAAUUGGCCUUUAAUGCCUCUAUUCUUUUCUUUCUCUGGUUCAUCAUUGCAUAUUAGUUUGUACAUCUCUUAUUGUAUCCUAUUGUAUCCUUUAAUAAUUCAUAUAUAGUUCUUGCUAAAUUUUUGUCAAUGACUUGGUAAAGGUCAUUAAUGGUAUAUUAAUUUUCUAUUUUCCCUAAUAUUUAGCUCUCCAUGUGCCCUUGCUGAUUAUUAUUUUUAUUGCAUUAUGAUCUGAAAAGAUUGCAUUUAUUAUUUCUGUUUUUCUGCAUUUGUUUGCCAUGUUUUUAUGCCCAUGGUCAAUCUUUGUGAAUGUACCAUGUGCUACUGAAAAGAAGGUGUAGUCCUUUUUGUCGCUUUUUAUUUUUCUCCAUAUAUCUAUUAACUCUAUUUUUUCCGAGAUUUCAUUCACAUUGCUUACCUCUUUCUUAUUUACUUUUUAUUUGAUUUAUCUAAAUUCGAUAGUGGUAAGUUCAGGUCUCCUACUAGUAUAGUUUUACUGUUUCCUCCUUCAACUCCACUAGUUUCUCCUUUAGAAAUUUGGAUGCUAUAACAUUUGGUGCAUACAUGUUGAUUACUGAUAGUUCCUCAUUGUCUAUACUGCUAUCAGGAUGUAGUUACCUCCCCUAUCCCUUUUAAUCAGAUAUUUUUUUACUUUGGUUUUGUUAGAUAUCAUGCUUACAACUCAUGUCUUCUUUCUCUCAGUUAAGCCCUAAUAGGUUUUGCGCCAAAAUUUGCUUUAAUUCUAACCUUGUGAGUGUCUAUCUGCCUCAUGUGUGUUUCUUGUAGACAACAUAUGGUAGGAUUGCCUUUCUGAAUAUCAUAUUCCAAGUCUUGCAGUCCUUUAGAAGCUGCCGGAUCUUAUGUAAUCCUGAUUGGUGCUCCUUGAUAUCUGAAUUCUCUCUUUUUGGCUUCUUGUAGAAUUUCCUCCUUAGCUUGGAAGCUCUUGAAUUUGGCAAUUACAUGCCUGGGAGUUUGUCUUUUGAGGAUUUAGUGUAGAGGGUGUUCUAUGAACUCUUUCAAUGUCUAUUUUGCCCCCUUGUUCAAGAACAUCAGGGCAGUUUUCUUGGAUAAUUUCUUGUAGUAUGAUGUCAAGAUUUCUGUUUAUUUCUGGGUUUUCAGGUAGACAAUUCUCAAAUUGUCUCUUUGUGCUCUAUUUUCCUGAUCCAUCAUCUUGUUAGUGAGAUAUUUUGUUUUCUUCUAUUUUGCCUUUUGACUUUGCUUUAUUAAUUCUUGCUGUUUUGCAAGAUUGUUGGCUUCCAGUUGCCCAAUUCUGGUCUUUAAGGUAUGGUUUUUCUGCUAUAAUCUUUUGAUUUUCCUUUUUGGUUUGGUCUAUCCUGCUUUUUGUGGAUCCCAGCUGUUUCUCCAAUUGGGAGUUCUUGUCCUUUAAACUGUUAUUUUCUUUUUAAACUAUUCCCCACUUUUCUUGCCAGAAGGCUUCCAUCUUUUUGAUAAGCUCCAAUUUAAAUUCCUUAAGAGCUUAUGGCCAAUUUCCAUUUUGGGGGGGAAGGUUUUGGUGCAUUUAUUUGCAUUUCCUCUUCUUUUUCUUCUGUAGCCUGGGAUUUUCCUCUGUAAAAAUUGUCCAGGGUCAACUCCUUCUUCUUGUUUUUCUUGGUGUUGGGGAGUUGUUCCUGGGCACUGUGUGCCAUCAUUAUGGUGGUUUUUCCUUCCCUUUCCAGUCAGAAAUCUGAGUGAGGACGGCAAGCUCUCUGUGUAUGGAGCUAAGGAGCAAGGUUUUUGCCUGAGGCCACCUCUCAAGUCUCUGAGGCUUCUACUGUUUGCUGCCCUUCUCUGUGCUAUCUCCCUGCGGGCACCCACGGCCUGUGCUCUUCAGCCUGCUGGGGUUUCAGAUCUAGCUGCUCUCAGAGGUAGGUCUUUGGUGGUGUUAGUCAUCUGCCAUGAAUCUAGAGGUGCCCCUCACUCACUCUAGAGGUGCCCCUCACUCACUCACUGAUUCUAGCGUGUGCUGGCUCUGACUCGCGUCAUAGGUGGGGUGGGGGAGGGUAGAUCAGCUCGAAUUUUGUUGGAAGCUUUUUCACUCCCUUAUAGUGUGGAAAUGUCCAAAUCCCUUGUACCUUCAAUGCUGCACCCUACUGUAGAGUCCCUUUGUUCAUAUGAAUUUUUUUUUGGUCUUUUGAGGUAGUCUAUAUCGGUAGGUGCUGAGGAGAGGAAGAGUCCUGUGUCUAGACUGCUGCCAUGUUUACCCAGAAGUUUUCCCUUAUAUUUAGGACUGGUCUUUGUACAUAGUAAACAAUUAAUAAAGAAAGACUGAUAAAUGGUUUUAAUUUUAAUUGUGUAAAUUUGUCUUCCAACACCUAAAGAUCCAUAAUUUCCUUGGUGUGGGCAUUAUUUUCCUUUGGUGCAGAUUGAAAACUACUUGUCUACCAUAACUUUGUAGAUAAUUUCAUAGGAUACUAUGAGCUCCCUUUGCUAUCCCGAGUUGAUCCCCUGGUAGCCGACAUUAUAAAAUUAAAUGUGACUUCAAAUUAAAAAUAUACAUUUCAAUACUGAGCCUAUACUUACAACCUGAAUCAAACCUGCCAAAGCUUCUUAUGGGCACAGCUAGGUUUCCCUCACCACCACCCUAUAUUAUGAAGAGUCAUGAUAAGAUUGUAUAAAUAAUUGAUAUCACAUGAUAUCAAAUAUACUUCAAAUUACUUAGAAGGAUGUGUGAUCUCAUUGAUGUUUAUACUUCAGAAAUGCAGAUUGUAGCCAUUCACAUAUGCCCUUCUCUUCUGUGCUACUCUUAUCCACGAGUCUACAUAAAUCCUUCAUAUGAGUUUCACCCAAUAUACAGGAACUUUAUUCUAAAUCCCUCCUCAUUCUGUCUUGUAGAAUCUCUACUUUUAACAUGAAGGUUCAGUUCACAUUCCCACUUUCUAAAUACAUAUAAUUCUAUCUUAUUUUUCAAAUAAUUAUAAAUAUAUUGAGCUAUUUGUACCAUACCAGAAAAAUGUAACCUACUUGAGACAGGAACUGUUUUUUAAAAUUUGUAAAUGUCAAAGAAAGAAUUGUAUUCAGUUUUCUAAUUCAUUCAAAAAAUUUAUUAAUACCAGUCUUGCCAAGAAUUAUGCUAGGCUUGGGAAUGCAAAAAUGAAAAAAAUGAAAAAGUUCCUGUUUUUAUGGAAUUUACAUUUUUGGGGGGAGAAAUGUACACAUAUAAGGAAUGAAUGAUUGAAUAAAAAACAUUUAUUAAGUGCCUACUAUGUGCCAAGCUUUUGAAUUGUAAUGCUAGAGAAGAUUGUAUAGGGCCAGAAUGUAAGGGGUUACUAUAAAAGGUUGGACUAGAUUAUUUAAGAAUAGGGUCACCAGGAAUUUAAUCAAUUCCAAAUGAUUUUUUUUUUAGCAAUUUAUUUAUAAAAUGGAGGGGAAGUGUGAAAGUAGAGAAAUGAGAAAGAGGGCAGAGUAAGAAAUUUAGCUUAAUGAGCUAGACUAUUUCUCAAGCCCUGGCUUUACUCAGGCAGGGCUCCAGAAGCCCAGCCAGAGGGCCUAAGGGUCAAUUAACAAAGGUUUUAGCCAAGAGGCUUCCUCCCAGAAGAGGGACCUCUCCAGAGGCUAGUGUCUCCAGGAAAGCCAGGGAAGGGAGUCAGCUUUUUUACUCACCCAUGUGGUAGUUAUAAGGGAAAAUAGAAGCACUCCAAGGUCCUCACCCAGAGCUCCCCCAAGGUCAAUUUGAAGGUGAAAGACCUCUUCAGAGGGAGUUCUUGGCAUUUUUAAAUACCCCUUCCUUUUCAUCACUUCCUGUGACUUCCUUCCAUUUUACGUGUACCAAUUACAGUUAAAGCUUUGCUUAGGACUGCCCAGGGGGCUGUCAGUUGAUUCUGAUUCAUCACCAACUAUUGCACAUGUGGGUCACAGACUGCCCCCAUUCAAGUGUAAUAGGGUGUAUACAUUUCUGGUGAUUAAAUCUAAAAAUGGAUAGGGAACAGUUAAUCCCAUCUUCACAAUUGUUGAGAAUUUCUUGGACCUCAAGGAGAUCAAAUCAAUCAGUACUUGAAGAAAUCAACUCUGACACUUCAUUGGAAGGUCAAAUACUGAAGCUUGAAGCCAAAGCUUGAAUACUUUGGCCACAUAAUAAGAAAAUAGGACCUACUGGAAAAGAUUGAUGCUAGGAAAAAAACAAAGGCAAAAGAGACUGUAGAGGAUGAGAUAGAUUAAUAAUGUCAUGGAAACAACGAACAUGAACUUGGAAAGGCUUCAGGAGAUAUUGGAGGACAAAAGGGCCUAGGAUGCUCUGGUCCAUUGGGUCAUGAAAAGGCAGAGAUGACUGAAUAACAAUAUGUGCUAAAGCACUGUGCUAGGUUCUGAGGACACAAAAACAAAAAUGAGAUAGUUCCAGCUCUCAAAAGAGCUUUCAUUCUUAUUGGAGUAGACAGUGCCUCUUUGGGGGUCAAGGAAGGGAGUUUUUGUUUGGAGAGACACAGGAAUUGUGAAUGGAGCAAAGGAUUGCCAUAAGUCAUCCAUCCCUUUUCAGAAGCCUUGGUUCCCAGGACAAGAAGUCAAAGGAGAACAGUUUAGAGGAAAAAUCUACUUUCUUGCUUUUGGUGGAAGUGGAUUGAUGUGAAGUUUGGUCAGGGAUCAUUUAGAGCCCUUGAGGCCAAUUUGCAUUCUCUAACUGGUCAAAGUUAGCCUUAGGGAGGUAUGGUCUUUGUCUAGGUGGAACUGUUUUAGGUGGAGAGUAAGGAAUGUAGCCGGAUGGAAGGAACGUACAUACAAAGUCAUGCUAUUUUACAGUUUGAGGAGACAGUAAUGAUAGUAAAAAAUGUUUUUAGGCAUCUUUUCCUUUGCCUCCCCCGACCCCACAAACUUAAAGCAUACAUUUCAUCUAAAACAACCAAAUAUAAAUUAUCCAGAAAAGAACUCCCUAUUUGAUAAGAGCCCAUGAGAAAACUAAGAGCAGUCUGAGAGCAGUUAGAUUUUGAUGGAUUUAAGUUGAUUCUGUAUCAUUUUGUGUUGAUCCUAUUUACAUUUAAUUGAUUUCAUCCCAUAACUACCAGUCAUGGUUCUUUGUCUGAACUCUUUGCAGAAAUUCAACUAGUCUGUAAUGAAUUAAGUUUAGAAAUCCACUUCUCUUGCUAAUCACUGUUCUAUUCUUACCUCAAGUAAAUCUGCUAUUGAGGGAUGUGGGUAGGGAAUAGGGAUUCUGGUCUAGUGCCACUUAUGUUAUUGAGCUAUCUUUUCAGUAUAUCUGGUUUGCCUUCCAAAGAAGUUUGACUUACUAUCUCUAAACUUGCUGGUGGACUCAAGCAAUAAAUUUUUCUUAGUCACUGGAGGGGAAGAGGGCAUUGUUGUUUUAACUCAUUCCCACCUUCUAACCAAUCUUAUUGUCUCUGACUCUUCUAACUGUAACUAAUCCUGUUGUCUUUAUUCCCAUGAUACUGCUAACCCUAUUAUCAAUCACAACUUAUUUCCACACCUGUUCUGUUCUGUUCUUUGUUCUAUGCUUAUAAAAAGGAGCUGCAUCUUGAUCUAGGGGUAUUUUGGCUCAGUAAGGCAGGAACUAGACUGUUUUUAUAAACUGAUUGACGCUGUGCCUGUCUACCUUUGAUGAAUUUCACCCAUGACUAAAUCAACAUCUUAUGACAUAUACUAUAAUAAACUAAAAUGGAAAUGUGACCUGAAUGUUAAAAGUCAUACCAAAAAUAAAAUAAAAUAAGAGAACCAGAUCAGGUGCCGUACAUAGCACUGGCAGAAGUAAAUUUAAAAAAAAAACAAUAUAUGGAGGAGAUUAAAAAAGAUAAAAUAUGUAAUUUUGGUAAUACAACUAAGAUAAAAUGGCACUCAUUUAUUGGGGAGAAAAUCUUUGCAUCACAUAUCUCCAAAAAUCAUCUGGAUCCAGAUUAUGCAAUCUACUAUUAGAAAUAUAUAAGAACAAAAGCAAUCCCUAACAGAUAAGUGGUCAAAGGAUAUGAAUAAAUAGGUCUCUGAAGAACAAUUGCAAGUUGUUAAUCUUGCAAAUAAAUUCAACAAAGGUAAAUUGAGGUGUACAUACUCAAGCAAAAUUAGUUUAUUAACAGUGGCAUGUAUAACUGUUAACAAAGUGGGCCAUACUGGCCAAGUUACCCAAAUGAAAAAGAAUUGGAGGGACGUCUUUGUUGACAAUGAAGGAAAGCAAGGAGUCUCAGAACAUUAUAGUUGACUUUAUGAGGAAAAGUUGACACUCAGGUGUGGCAAAUCAUGCCCUUCUCUGACAAUUAAGGAAUGUUAAUUGUUUAGUGAGCAUCAUCUUCUUCUUGUAAAAGAAGAUCCCCUAAUCCCAAUCCAUUUGCAAGUUCCAGAAUUGUGGCACAUUGCACAUGCUUUCAGACUUCUGAAAUGUAUUAAUCAUUUCACUGAUUUUUUUUUGUCUUUAAAAAUGUUGUUAUAUGAGAUCUCUCUCUGGGAGAGGAAGGGGAAGGAAUACUGGGGGAAUUUUUUUUAAACCCAAAAGUGUUGUAUAAUUUUCUAACCACAGGAAUGCAAGUAAGAUAAACAAAGUCUCCAAGGCAUAAAGAAGUAGCUUUAUUGCAAGAAGGCCUGUCUAACAAUAAAGAUGGACUUCUGGUCAAGACCAAAAGACCCAGAGAACUAGGAAAUACAAGAAUAGAAGAGGCAUGUGAAAUGUAUACAAGAGCUGCAAAUAUGUUCAAGAUGGCCAAAAACUGGAGUGCUGCAGGAAAUGCCUUUUGUCAGGCUGCCAAGCUCCAUAUGCAGCUACAGAGCAAACAUGAUUCAGCUACAAGUUUUGUAGAUGCUGGAAAUGCAUAUAAAAAGGCAGAUCCACAAGAGGCUAUCAACUGCUUAAAUGCAGCCAUCGAUAUUUACACAGACAUGGGAAGAUUUACAAUUGCAGCCAAGCAUCACAUUACCAUUGCUGAGAUAUAUGAAACUGAGCUGGUAGACAUUGAGAAGGCUAUUGCACAUUAUGAGCAAUCAGCUGACUAUUAUAAAGGAGAAGAAUCAAACAGUUCAGCCAACAAGUGUCUUCUGAAGGUGGCAGCAUAUGCAGCUCAACUAGAACAAUAUCAGAAGGCAAUUGAAAUCUAUGAGCAGGUUGGGGCAAAUACUAUGGACAAUCCUUUGUUGAAGUACAGUGCAAAAGAUUACUUCUUUAAAGCAGCCCUUUGUCACUUUAUAGUUGAUGAAUUGAAUGCUAAGCUUGCACUUGAAAAAUAUGAAGAAAUGUUUCCAGCAUUUACUGACUCAAGAGAAUGCAAAUUAUUAAAAAAACUGCUAGAAGCUCAUGAGGAACAGAACAGUGAAGCUUAUACGGAAGCGGUUAAAGAAUUUGAUUCAAUAUCUCGCUUGGAUCAGUGGCUUACUACUAUGUUACUUCGUAUCAAAAAAUCAAUUCAAGGGGAUGGAGAAGCAGAUGGAGACCUGAAGUGAAUUGCCUAUAAUCUUUGUGGCAUGCAGCCUAACUCCUAUUUAUAUAUAUAUGUUAAUGGCCAGUGACCAUUAUGGGAUACCCCAUUUCCCAUUAAUGGCUUCAUUUUUGUUGCAUAUAAACCAGAUGAUUGCAUAUUGUUUAAGAUUCCUGUGUCUAUAUUAUGAAGAAAUGGAUGAGUAAGGGUCUUCCAGUAUUGUUUUUAUGUGAUUUUGGAAUUAGUAUAUAUUUGUCAGAUUUCUAAGAUCACUGGAAAUAAUAUUCCAUGAAUUAAUUUAUUUUUCAUUCCUUUUCAUGUUUCAAGAACCCAGGUUUUAUUUUUGCUUGAUGUUUUGGUAUGGUGCCUUAGACUUUAGCACCAGUUAUUUAAUCAUGUAAAUAUAUGCUUUGUGCAUAUGGAAUACACAUAUUAACAUUAUGAUCUGUACUAGCUUUAAACAUGUGUAUGUAAUGGGCAGUUAUCUGGAAUGAGUUUAUGGUCUUUUUUUUUUUUAAAGAAAAAUUUAGGUUUUUUGUUGUUGUUUUUUGUCAUUACAAAACUAUCUUACUGGUGCUAGUGAUUAGCUCCUUUGCUUUUAUUAGUCCUGUUUAUGGGCAUAAAAAAACUAUGUAAUCUGGAUUUGUUGGCAUUACUUGUUGUCAUGAGCGAGGGACAGCCAACAGUUUGUUUUUUUCAUGCCAGGAAAUGAAAGUAAAAUCAAAUUCAUUUAUCAUCACAUAUUGCUGAAAAACUCAAGAAAAAUAUAACAUGAAAUUAGCCCAUGCAAAUAUUUUUUAGAAAGUGUGGUAUUGUAGGGAGAGUGCUAAAUUUAAAAGUGAGAAAAAUUUCAGACCCAAUCUCUCACACCUACUAACAGUGUAUCCAUAGGCAAAUCAUUUAAUAAUAUCUUUUAGCUUGUUUCCUUUCCUAUAAAAUGGUGAUACUACUACCUUUUGUACCUACCUCACACUAUUGUUGUGAGGCCUUAAAUGAAAUAAUAUAUAAAAAUUAUUUUGCAAACUUAUAAUCACUAUUUAAGUAUCAGUUAUUUUAAUUAUACCUAUACAGAUAUGUGUUUAAAAAUUUGUUGCUAUUUAGUUUUUUCCUUUUUUCUGAAGAGUUAAAAUGUUUUAAAAUAAAACUAAAAAAAGUUAGUGUGUAGUAUUUAUCAUGUGAUAUUUAUUGAAAUAUUGCAACCCUCCACACAAAUAUCUGUGUAUAGAUCCAGAAAAAAUUACCUCAGCUUUUAUUUACUGCAAAAAUUACUAUAUGUAGAUAGAAUAGAAAAUCCAUUUGCUCACUGUGUACACAUAAAGUAUAUAUGUAGACUUUAUGAAACAGUCAUUUCAUUAGGAAAUUUUUCUCACUUCUAAUUUAUGGUAGAAAUAACUUCUUCUCCUCAUUCAUAAAAAGUUUAAUCAGGAAAUAUAUUUUUCUGAGGUUUUUUCAAUGCCACUUAACCUUAUUAAGAUGUGUUCUUUGCCAUACAUUUGUGUUAUGUUAAGCAAAGGUAGACUUAGGAUUGUUAGCAACAAGUUACAUGCAUUUAUUUGGUUUAAUUAGUGAGGCCAGUGCUGCGCCUUUUUUCAUUCUUAUUGAGUAUCCUAUUGGUUAGGCAAAUAAACUUACAAGGAGACCAUUAAGAAUCUCUCAGCUGAUGAUUGUACAUUUGAGAUGUUUCACUGUUUAAAGCUCUUUGGGGUUACAUAUUCUCAGUCUUCAUAUAUAUAAAAACUAUCUUAGUUGUUAGGUUACUAAACAAAUACUGUAUGUGGAUGUAGUAAUGUUUCUAGCCUAUCACUGUGCCACUCUUAAUAUUUCUUAGACUAAAAUGGUCAUGUUGAUAUUUUUUAGAUACUAAGAUUAAAUAUAAAAAGGUAUCCCAAAAUUCAUUUUAAGCUGUAUUGCCCAAUUAAAGUCAUAUAUGUUCUGGGUGAUAAUGGAGCAAUCACAAGUACUAAUGAUUAUGGAGAAUUUGAAAGUAUGUUGUUUUGGGAAAGUAUGUUGUAAUUUAGAACUCUUUAUAAUUGAUGUUUAUUUUCUUAAAAGCUAACCAAAUCUUUUUCCUUGGAUUAAAAUAGUGUUAUAUUUUACAGAAACACAUUAACACCAGAAAGGAAAAAAAAUGAAUGUUAUUUGGAGAUGUAAGAACAAUGAAUUUGGUCAUAAAUUGUGGUGGUGAAUAGGUGACUCGUCUACACAUAGCAAUACUGUUUUAGUAUGUUUUUAUUUUACUUUUUUCCUGGCUCUUUUCUAGACUCAUGAUAAUUAAGUAAAGAGUAAGAUUGGUUGAUUUUUGCCAUGAUUUUAACUUUACACAAUUGUAUACCAUUUAGAGGCUUUUUCAUUCUGGUUUGUGUAAACCGUUAGUCUUCACCUUUAACUGGGUAUAUAUUUCAGGGAAUCCUUAGCCAGAAAGUCACAUUGUACUGCCCUUUCUAAAAAGUGCUGAUGAGGAGAAAUAGAGUGAGAGAAAUAAACCUGGAUUUGUCAAUUUUUCAAAUAUUAUUUUGGAAGUUCUUUUUCAGUUUUUAGAAAACUAUGAAAUGAGAUCAUGAAAAAGUUUAUGCAAUUGUCAAUGAAAUCACAUGCCCAGGGUAUCAGGAGAUUUAUUUACAAGUUAUAGUGAAAAUUUGGUUUAAUGCCAUUUCUAACUUUGGAAAGAAACACUUCUCCCCACUAAAUUUACACUUUGACUUCAUCUGUCUCCUCUUUUGCAAAUUUAUUUUAUUGAUUGUGAUCAAUAUAAAGAAUGCCAAUUAGUUUAUGUCUGUUUUAUGGCUUCUCAGGUUAGUGGGAAAUACUGAAUUGUAUGACACCCUUAGGUAAAAUUAAAGGACACUGGUAAAGUGGAAAGAUUAGCUAUGUUGGUUUGCUUUGCUUAAUUAUACUUUUGCUACAAGAAAGGGGACUGUUUUUGGCGAGGUAGUGCUAGGAAAUUUAUAGUAUUUUUAAAAAGUAUUAGACUGAGAAUUGAGAAAGAGACUUGGAUUUUGUUUUGGUACAUUCAUCCAAGAGAUGAUUAUGGAGCUCGUUCUUUGUGCAGUGCAUCGUGGUAGGCACUAUUCUAUAGGAUUCUGAUUUCUCCCUGAAAGUAGAUAACAUUCUGGUCAACUAGGUCAACUAGGUGGCACAGUGGAUAGAAUGCCAGCCCUGAAGUCAGCAAGACUUACCUUCUUGAGUUUGGAUCUGGCUUCACACACUUAGUAGCUGUGUUACCAUGGACAAAUCACUAUUUUCCUUAGUUUCCUUGUCUGUAAAAUGAAUCAGCAAAGGAAAUAGCAAAUUACUCCAUUGUAUUUGACUAGAAAACCCCAAAUGGAGCCAUAAAGAGUUAGAUAUGGCUAAAAAAGAUAUAACCUAUGGAGGGAGAUAAGAUUUGGUCAUGUUUAAAUUAUGAGGCAAAAAUGUCAUAGCUCUGUAAGAGUGAUUCAAAGUACAGAGAUUGUUAAGAUUAUGUUGGGUGAAAGUGAUCAUAGUAAUACUGGAGCUGGAAGUUGAAGGAUAGAUAUGAUGUUGACUGAUGAUGGAAAUAAAGGGCAGUAAGCAGUGAUAGAGCAAGGGAAGUCCUGUUCAAAAAAUGGGAAAAAACUGUUUUGAUUGGAUUGUGGAGUACAUGUACGAGUGAGAGAGAGGGUCGAAAAGGUCAUUAAGAGGCCUGAUUGUAGAAGGCCUUAAAUAUCAGACAUUUGUACUUUAUUCAAUAGACAGAGGGGAGCUAUGAAAAAUUUUUGACUAAACAUUAACUACUAAUCUCAGUGGUAAUACUUUAGUAAUUGUUUGGCAGUCGUCUUAAAAAUUAUCGGAAGUGACUAGAGUCAGUGAUAUAUCAGUUCAAUUUAAGUCAUUAUUUACUAAGCACCUUCUCUGCGGGCAGAACUGUAGUAGGUGCUGGGAAUAUGGCAGAUAAGUAUAAUAUGCAAUAUUAUUACAUGAUAAUUAUAUUAGAGUUGUAAAAACAAAAUGUCUUGGGAGAGCUGAGGAAGGGGGGUUUUUCCUUGGGCUAUGAAACCAGAAUUUUUUUAGAAUAGUAUAUUAAUUAGAAAUUGAAUUAGAGCACAACACAAUAUUUCAAGAAACAGUUGUUGCUUUCUUUGGAAUAAGUUUAGAAAAAAUUAUCUUUCUCCAAACCACAUUGGGCUAAAGGCAAAAUAACCAAAGAAAAAAAGAUUCUAAUUGUAAUACUUGGUUGUGCAGAAAAAUGUACUUUUAACCUCAGACAAUAAAGAUAGACUAAUAGUAGGCUACUUACUGGAAACUGAUCAGGUUUGGAAAACUGUUUUACAUUUACCAGAUGUGGGAGACUUUCUUCUCCAUAUUCAUAAUUUUUUUAAAAUUGAUUGUUUCCUUUUUCUUUGCUUGCUACUUAUACAUUUUCUCUAAUCCUUUCCAUUGGAAUAUGUAUUGUGUUCAGCACAAAAUUGUGUUCAGCAAGAUGCGACAAAAAUAAUUUUAAUUAGUCACUAAUUUUUUUCUUUUAGGAAGGUCCUAUUCAUUCUACUAUUUUCAAUACCCAAAAUUAUCAAUUUACCAACAGGUUUAUACAUGCCACUGUUUUAAGGAUUCAUAUGUUUUAAAUGAUCAGUGAUACCAUCUAAAUUGCAACAAAUUGUUUCAGCCCAUCAACCCAAUCAGCACUUGUUAAGAACUAAUAGCUAUUCAUAGCAUAGAAGAAUAGGAAAAUAACUUCUUUCCGAUGGAACAAACUAGUCAUAAGAUAAAGAUAUAUAUUCAUCCAAAACAAAAAAAAAACCCAAACUAGAAUAAGAGUGAAUAUAAAUUUAAUUGCAUUGAAUUGCUAUCCCAACAUAAUGGAUGAGUGCCAUAUUUCUUUCAACAAGUUAAGGAGUUGGGUUUUCAAGACUCAUAAGAUUUUCUUUAUAAACAACAGUAAUAAUUAUGGAAUUAUGUUAGUUUUUGUAUUUUAGCAAGUCUGAUUUUCAUUUAUGGUAAAUAUUUUUCCAUGGAUCAACCAAGUUAUUUGAGAAAGCUUACACUUGGUUAUUCAUGGUCAACGAUGACAGUCACAGGCAAAAUUUCUUACAGAAAAGCAUUGCUUUUGUGGAAAUGUUUUUACAACUUGUCUCUUGAUUUCCUUUUUUGUGAUUACUUUUUUAUUUAUCCUAUGAUAUGAAAACAGUAUUUUUGCACAAUUGUGAUAUGCAUAAAUGAUCUCUGAUAGUAUAUAGCUAACUAUAUGCACUAGCUUUUGUGGUGUUUAACAGUGCGUUUUCUCUGCUAUUGUGACAUAUUUGUCUAAAUGUAAACAUUGUGAUUUUUGUAGAUUUGGCAGUCUAGCAUGUCAAUUAUAGUGUAAUUAAUUAGCCUGUGUUAUAAAUGGUGAUAACAGUUUUCAUAUAAUGUAAAGUACAGAAAAUUAAGCUGCUGAUGUUCCUCCUCCUAUCACUUUCCUAGGUCAGAAAACAAAAUGAAAAUAAUUUAAUAACAACUCUGCCUUAGCAGGAACAGAUUGUGUAUGUUUUGUGUGAACUUGUACAGUAAUAAAGUCAAAAUUAUGAUUAA